AUGUUGAGCCAGUGCGACGCGCCAUUUUUUGACGUGCACCUUGCCGAUGCGGGUGCGCACGCCGAGUUUGCGCUGCAGGUGCUGCACGCAGGUGUGCUUACACACGUCCAGCAUGCCCCGCUGCGUCUGGAAGCGCCUGGCGCGGCGAUGGACGCACUCCUCGGCGCGCUGCGCCAAGUGCUGGCGACGGGCUCGUCGGCGUAUACCCUGCUGCUGGCGUACGAGAUUGUGCUCCAGCUCGGCGAGCGCAAUGCGAAUGCGUACCGCUGGCUGAUGUAUGCACAGGAUGGGCGGUGCCUGCUGCCCGGUCUCGUGCGGCGCCUCAUGCACAACGUGUGGGCGGGCCACUAUGCGGGCCAGAGCAAGGCGGCGCUGGGCGAAGGCGAGAGCCGUGCGCCCGCGCUCCCCUUGCCCGGAGCCGCGCACAAACGCACGCAGCCACAUACCGUCGACGGGCGCAUCUCGCGGCAGAGCCUCGAAGUGUGGCUGCAGCACAAGGCGCUUGCGCUUCUCUAUGAGCUCUUUUGCACCGUGCGCCUGCGCCUCGCAGAGCUGCGAUGUAUGAGCGAGUCCUUCAUCACACACCUCUUUGAGCAGGCCGAGGCGACGCGCGAACACGACGACGAGGCGCUCGGCAUGCUCGUCACGCAGGUGCUCCUUGCCCUGAACGAGCAGUACAUGAUCGCCGCGCAGACGCCCGACGAGCGUCCGCUCUCGUUUAGUGUGCUCGACGUGAUCCGCGAGCGGGCGUACGCGACACGGACCUUUGCCGAGAACCUCGUCUUUAUGCUGAACCGCACGCCCGGCGCCGACGCGGACGGCUGCCGCUUCCAUAUCCUCGUGCUCAAGCUGCUCGAUGCGCUUUUUGCGAUGCCAGAAACGGCUAGCUACUUUUACAUGAACGACCUCAAAGUGCUCGUCGACAUCUUCCUGCGGCACAUUACCGACCUCGGCGAGGAGCGCGAGCUUCUGCGCCAGGUGUACCUCCGUGUCUUUCCCGCGCUCCUUACACAGACGCAGCUGUGCACCGUUGCGUACAAGCGCGACGAGAUCCGCGCGCUCCUCGCGGCGAUCGUGCGCCACGCCGACUGGAGCGGCACCGCGCCACGUACGCUCGCCCUAGCCCAAAACUGCCUCCAGUGCGAGUGGUGCGUUGACGCACACGCCACGCCGAUCGUGGCGCCGAUCGGCGGCGGCGCGCCACACGCGCAGGACCUCGUGCGCGAGCAGACGGCCAAAGGGCCGCUCUUUCACGCAGAGACGAGCGACGAGGCCAUCCAUACCCUCCUGGCGCUCGGACAGAUGCAGGCAGCGGCCGCUGCACAAGGUGCCGGCGACGCGACGCCCGUCUGGCCGCCGCCGCUCCCAGAGCCGGUCGAGUCGGUGCUCGAGCUCGACGUGCUCACGCUCGAGCAGGUCGCGAGCGGACGCACGUCGCCACCGAGCAGCACGUCGUCCGCACCGGGCCGCCGGCGUGCGCCGCCCCCGCCCCGGCCGCGCCGCAGCGCCGAGUCGAGCCCGCGGACGAGCGUUGAGUCGCCCGCGCUGCCGCCGCGCCUCCGCUCGGACAGCAUCGAGACGCUCCCGGUGCGCCGCCCCCCGCCGGGCGUGCCUGCACGCGCAUCGCACUCGACGCCCGACCUGGCGCUCGAGGAGCCCUCGCCAGAAAAGCACGGCCUCUUUUCCCUGCUGCGCAUGCGACACAAAGGCCACCGGCGCCUCGCCCCGCCCCCGGCGGAUCCUCCACCUCGCCGCCGCGCCGCGCCGCGGCCGCCUUACGGCAAGCUGGAGGAUGUGGUGCGCGACCGCUCCUCGCAGCUCGCCGUGAAAGAGUUUGCGAUGCAGCUGCGGCGGCAGCAGAUCGCAGGCACCAAGGCCGUCGCCGAGACGACCGCGAAAACCAUCCGUGCCGUGGUGAGCUCGGCCAAGUACCGCCGGCUCGAGGAGCUGGUGCAGAUGAUCCGCACGGUCGGGCGGUACCUGCAGGACUCGCUCAAGUCCGAGCCGGUCAUUGGCAACGUCACGCGCCGCAUCCUCUUUUUGCUGCGCGAAGAGGCCAAGGCGGCGGCGCACAUGGACGAGCCGCCGGCGACGGCGCAGGCCGCCAAGGCGCACCCGCACCCCAGCGUCGCGCAGUCGCUUGCGGCGCUGUCGCUUUCGCCUGCCGCGCCGUCGUCGCCGGCGACGUCGAUGCACACCGCGCGCCCGUCGCUCGGCGGCCGUUCGUUUUCCAUCGCAGACCUCGUGCUGAGCGGCGCGAACGCGACGCCGCGGGGCGGCUCGCCGAAUAUGGACCAGUCGGUAGACGAUCUGCUGGAUGCGUCGCCGCUGCGCAACGUCGUGCACGCCGGCGAGCUGUCGGACGACUCGGACGAUUCGGACGAGCCGCCGGGGCAGUCGACGCAUGCGUACCAGCUCAAGCCGCUGCUCAUCCAGGCGAUCCAGGAGCUGAUUGACGAGAUCGAGACGGUCGAUACGAAUAUCUCCAAGGAUGCGCGCGACCAUAUCCACUCGGGCGAGGUGAUCCUCACCGUGGGCAACUCGUCGACGGUGCGCAACUUUUUGCGGAGCGCCGCCAAGCACCGCAAGUUUAUCACGGUCGUGCCAGAGAGCGCGCCCGGCUUUUCCGGCCACGAGCUUGCGCGCUCGCUGUCGGCGGCGGGCCUUUCCGUGCUCCUUGUGCCGGACUCGAACCUGUACGCGCUCAUGCCGCGCGUCUCGAAAGUGCUGCUCGGCGCGCGGUGCGUGCUGGCGAACGGCGGCAUCCUCGCCGCGAUCGGCGCCAAGGCUGUGGCGAUGGCCGCGCGCGAGCACUCGACGCCGAUCGUCGCACUCGCGGGCGUGUACCGCAUCUCGCCCGACUGGACGUGGGUCGGCCCCGAGCGCCUGACCGGGGGCAACCAGGGGCCCGUGUCGCAGGUGGUGAACUACGCGACGUCGUCGCGCCUCGCGGAAGAGGCCGAGAUCGCGAAUCCGCUCACCCGCCGUCCUAUGUGUACCGCCUGA